AUGGCCUUAGGGCGAAAACCGGUAACAAAAAGGGCAGACCCAUAUCCCAAAAACGUUCGCGGCGCACAAAAAAAAAGAAAAACAAAUGUAUCAAUCGCAAGGAAGGUGAAACUAGCCGGUGAUGUGGAAAAAAUCCCUAUACCCAGUUUGCCUUCAACUGCAGGACACGUGUUUGUUGUAGGCAACGGGGAAUGUGGUCAAUUGGGCGCGGGUGAGAUGCAGGAAAGAAAAAAAUUCGGACGUUUGAGUUGCUUUGAUGGUAAAGAAGUAGUCGAAAUCGCGGUAGGCCCACUGCAUAAUGUCGCUAUUACACGACAGGGAAAGAUGUAUACCUGGGGAUGCAAUGAUCACGGAGCACUGGGUCGUGUCACGGAUGAAGAUGAGGAACGUACUCCUGGAUUGAUCGACGAAACGGAAUUGAAAGGUGUCAAAAUCAUGAAAGCUGCUUGUGGUGGAUCAUUAACGAUCGCACUAUCUGAUGAAGGAAAUUUAUACGCUACGGGAACAUUUAAGUCAGAAGAUGGUAUAAUCGGAUUUUCCUCCGAAAGACCACGACAUCAACAAUAUCGUUUUGCACUAUAUGAACCCGCUUCACUGUUGGAAAUUGCAGACAUUGCUUGCGGUGUAAAUCAUGCCGCACUGCUCACGACAGACGGUCAUGUGUAUACAUGGGGUUCUUCGGAACAAUUUCAACUAGGUCGCCGCGGCUCACCAAGACACAAAUCAUUAACUUUAGUUCCAGAAAUUGUAAAUCAACUGAAAAAGUUGCGCAUCGUGAAAAUCGGUUGCGGCAAUUUUCAUACAUUGGCGGCAGAUGAUGAGGGUCAUAUAUACGCAUGGGGGCUCAAUAAUGCACGACAAUGUCUAUUGGACCCAGGUAAAUAUGGUGGGAUACACAUUAAAGAACCAACACAGAUUCCGUUCUUUGAAAAUGUAAAGGUGAAGCAGUUGGCGGCCGGGAUGCAUCACUCAGUCGUGCUCUUGGAAAACGGUCAGGUGUAUACAUUCGGGAGCAAGGAGAAUGGAAAAUUAGGUCUCGGCGGUGACGAAACUUCAGAUAAAGGGUACAACGCGGUUGCGGAUCUAAAGCCCUUGGAUCUACCUGUGAUAAAAUUGAUUGCCGUUGGCGAUUUUCAUAAUUAUGCACUAACAGAGGAUGGCAAGAUUUAUUCGUGGGGAGAUGGAGUAAGUGGACAAUUGGGAAAUGGGGAAGAGACCUGCGAAUAUACGCCAUACUUAAUUGAGGAUGAGAGGUUUGAGGAUCAAUACCAUGUUAAACAAAUCGGCUGUGGGUCUCAGCACACAGUCAUGUUUGGUAUAGCUCGAUAA